CGCGCCCCGGGCCCAGCACGGUCCUCGUGUCCCGCGAACCAGCACCUCAAAGACCCCUGGGCCUCAGCUCCCCAGAGUCCCCUGGCCCCAGCUCUCCGAAGUCGUCGCUCGUCCCGGGACCCCUCCAAGCAGGCCAGGCCCCAAGCACUCUUGUGCGCGCUCCUGCACGCCGGGCGGUAAGGCCUGCCUGCUGCGCCUGGGGCGCGCUGCCACUUGUUGAAUCACUUCUCGUGUCGACUUUGAGAUCUUUUGUCGCCAUGCUGAGCCAUUGGGCCCCUGAGCCCACUGUCUCUGGGACUUAGUGAUUGUUAUUCUGUAAUCAGGAAGCAGGAAGUUUGACGAGAUAUGAUGGACCCUUAAGGGAAUCCUCAGAGCACAUACUCCCCAAGGACCUGUGGAAGGUGACUUGGAAGUGUAUUCCGAAGCCACUUCUCUGCGUAGACUGAAGGGUGUGUAAAGACACAGCCCUGAAGAGUCCAUGGAAGUGGGUCAGCAUCCUUAAGUCAGAGCUAUAACCCUCAGUUUUAGCUCAGACCUGAUGGCUUGAGCCUGCUGCGAUGUCCAGUGCUCUGGAAAUCCAGUGCCCAUAGAUGUGGACGAAGGAAGAGCUCCGACCAUGGUCACUCUUAUCACAGAGAAGCUGCAGAACCAGAGUUUGGAUGACCUUACCCGAAGGGCCCAUGAGGCUGGCCCGUACUCUGCUGAGAAACUGAACAAAAGUGGCCAUUUGUUCCCUUUGGAGAUUGGCGUAGACAAGAGUCCCUGGAAGGCCUUACAUGGAGGAUGGCCCAUUGGCAGCCAGGCAGCCUCAGGCCCCUUCCCGUUGGGCUCACUUGGUGUGUCUCACACCGAAGGUCUCAAAUGGCAGCUGGCAUCUCCAGGGCCUGUGGAUGUGGGCAGCUUCUUGGACCUCCGUGAGAGCACAGGGCCACCUGCAGCACCACCGACCAAGCGACACUGCCGGUCCUUGUCAGAACCAGAGGAACUGGCUCGAUGCCGCUCCCCAUGGCGUCCUAGUGGCUCCAAGGUGUGGACUCCCGUCUCUAAGAGGAGAUGCAACAGUGGUGGGAGCGCCACUCUGCAGUGCCGCAGUGGCCCUGGGGACCCUGCCUCACCACUGACACCGCGGCCAGCUUCAGCCAGUAGUGGCUUUGUGGAUGGCAGUGAAGGCAUUGCAAGCUCAGGUCCACCUUGGCUUUCUGCAGGGCCCUCCUCGUUUUCCUCCAGGCGCCGACUGUCUCUCUCACAAGAGCACCUUGUAGUUCCAAGCGCCUGCCUGCCUUCAGCCAGCAGCACCCCCACAUCCACACCUGAGCUAGGCCGGCACCAUGGCCUGCUGCGGUGCCGCUCACAGCCUUGUGUAUUGGAUGGGAGGAGGGUCCGUCGAAAGCGGAGACGGGAGGAGGAUGCCAGGUGGACACGCCCAUCCCUGGACUUUCUGAAAAUGACGCGGACUCUAAAAAAUUCAAAGAGCCUUUGUUCCCUGGACUAUGAAGAUGAUGAGGACAACACCCAGGCGAAGACUGUUGUGUCCUCCCCAUGUAACUCGCAGGGCCUUGUGGGUAUCAUCACACCUGGCUCUAGCCCAAGGAUUCCCAGGCCUGGUCCUACCAGUCCCAGUGCCUGGGCUUCAGGAGAGCCGGAGGCCAGCAUAGGAGAGGAUGGGAGCAGUGGGGAACCCAGUGACUGGGACAGUGCAGGAGAGGACGGCAUCUUCCCACUGGACCAGGAUGGCCUGGACCUGGAGCAGAUCGAGAGCAACUGACUUGCAGCUGAGCAGUGGUUGCUGUUCGCCACCUCGGUGCCUGACCAGUGGAAAUACCUUGUGUGUUCUUUUGAAAAUUGAGGCGUAAUUUUGAUUCAGUUUUUCCUAAAGAAGUAUUUUGCAUUUCUAUGGCUUCUACAGUUUGGGAGAGCUUCUCUAUUUUGAAAUGGGUUUUCAGAGGAUUCUAUUAAACAUGGUUCUGCCUAGA